GCAACGGCAGGCGCCACUCCGGGUCCGGGGUAGAUAAGAAUUAUUCUCUCUCCUGCGUUAAUUUGUUCUGCUACUGCUGCUGCUGCUGCUGUACGUCGUUGAUGGCAGUUAUUCGAUUUCGUUUUGUUGUGUCGUGUCGUCUGUCUUGUCAACCACCACCGAGCAUCGGCAUCAGGCCCCGGUUUAAGUUGUACAUGCACGCGCCAAUGCCCGCACCAUUACGAGAAGAGGAAAAUCGUAACGCGACGCGACAUUUUUCCGAAUUUUCUUUUUGGACUUUUUUUUUUGACUAUUGAUUUUUUUUUUUUUUGUUGGUCCUAAGUGUUGUGUGGCGGUGCGCGCGUUUUUAAUGUGGGGAAGUUUUCGUCCUUUUGAAUAUCAAAAAAUCUUCUCAAAAUGAACAAAACUGUGAUACGACUAGCCAUAACCCUGAUCUUCGUCGUAAUGGAGGCAUCCGGAGCGAUUAAAUGCCACAUGUGGAGGGAAAUACGACCAUGCGAAUGUCAAAUAACGGCACCCCAAACAAGAACCACCAGCGUAACUUGUGAGAACAUGGGGUCAGUUAGAGAGGUUAUUGAUAUCCUAAGGGGUCGAUGGCAUCCGAACGACAAGAUCAAUUUAAGGUUAGAAAGAUCUAAUUUGGUUGAUCUACGUCAUAAGCAGUUUCGAGAAAUCAAUGUUACUAUUGAGAGUAUUAUGUUGAAUCAUGAUAAUGUCGGAUCCCAUCUGGAUGAACACACCUUCGUUGGGAUGUCGCGAGUAACUUACGCCAGUUUCGCGGAUACCCCUUUAGACUCGAUUCCACGCCAUUUAUGGAAAUACUUGCCCAGUCUCCAAACCGUCGACUUAGGAAGAACGACAAUUAAGGAAAUCGUUUAUAACAGUUUUGAGGACCUGCAAAGCAUAGGGACUAUCGUUAUUCCAGGCAAUCAAAUAGACCGGAUCGAUCGCAAUUCGAUUCCGUUGCAUAUACAGAAAUUACACUUAGGAAGAAACAGGAUUUAUGAUUUAAAUGGAACCUUAAUAGGCUUAAGAAACCUUAGCUGGUUAUUCCUAAAUAGUAAUAAAUUCCAGGAUUUGGAGGGGCAGCUCCCUUACGAAGCCCCCAAUUUAGUAGUAAUCCAUGCUUCUCACAACAAUUUAAUGCGUGUACCACAACUCUCCAAGUAUCCCAAGCUGGAAACGGUUUUCUUAAACUUCAACGAGAUAUCCUCCCUGGACGGCGCAAUCUCUGGAUGCAAGUCCCUUGAGAGGAUCGAUUUGGAAUCAAAUCAGAUACAUACACUUACAGCCAAUGAUUUCUUGGAGUGUGAAAACCUGGAUACUCUGGAACUCGGCCACAACCAAAUAAGCAUCCUCAACAACUCCCUACUACCUCUAAAAAGUCUCGAAACGCUUAAUAUGCAGUAUAACUUAUUAACGGAGUUUUCUUUCAACGAGAUUACCGGCCUUGAAAGACUUAGAAGGUUGGACUUGUCUUUUAACCAAAUAUCGAACCUUAUAGGGCCAACCUCGAAUCUGGUAGAACCAAAUAUACGCCUAACAGAACUAAGGUUAGACCAUAACAAUCUGGAAACCCUUAACGCGGCCUUAAGUGGAUUAUCUGAGCUGCUUCGCCUGGAUCUGAGCUACAACAAACUAAGAAGGAUCGCCCCCGAUGACUUAAUCAAUCUGGACCAACUCAGACUGCUGGAUAUCUCACAUAACCAGCUGAAAACUUUGGAAGAUAUGAGCAAGACUUAUCUUCCAAGACUGUCUGAGCUAAAGGCCACCCAUAACCAACUGACGGUGCUAGAGCGUGAUUUCCACGGUUUACCUGUGCUCUGUGAUGCCGAUUUAUCCAGUAAUUACAUUGUCGCUCUCGGAAAGGAGUUGGUUACGAAGACCAGAUGCAAAAUCGAACAUGGUAUCCACGAUGGCACUUAUGAUACCCUGAAGGUCUUGUUAUCGGAUAACCCGAUAUUAUGUGAUGCGUCUCUUCCAGAAAUCACGUCAGAAAUGGAAACCAAUCAUACGAAAAUCAUUGGGGUUUCGUAUGAUUGUCCCCCGUUACAUGAGCAACCUAUUACCCCAAGACCAAACGGAUAUUUUGGUUAUCUUCCUGAAGACACUUCAGCAAAAGGGUCCGCUCUACCCCCACUCUUUGGGAAAACCGUAUUGGGGCGUCCGAUUACUGAGCAACAAGAAACGCCCAAUCAGAUUCAGCCGAAUAUUCAUCCCAAUUUCCGAGAGGUUUCUCAUAGGAGAACUAAUCAGUUUCAAGAGCGUUCUUCUAAAGGUCCAGAAGUGGAAAUAGUCAAUAGACAAACAAUAAACGAUGACCCAGCCACCGCUCAAAAAGCGCUAAUCAAUGGUACCCAGACCACCGAUAAUCUGCCACCCAAAAUGAAUAAUACUGUCUUCGAUCCGGUGGUGCAGGGUCAGUUUAUCAAUAAACUAGCGGUCGAAAUAGAAGAACUGAAGACGAGGAUAGAAGAGAUUAGCGUGCAGAAUGAGAGAUUAUUGAACAAAACGUUAGCGCAAUCGAACCUUACUACUAAAGUGCCAUAGAGACUUUUUUUUGGGAGAAAGGGACUAGCAUAAUAUAGGAUAGAUUAUAAAAAAAAGAAACAAACCCCCAGAUAUGAGUAUAUACAGUUUUCCUAGUCAUUUUUGUAACGUUUAGAUUUAGGAUGUUGUUAGUGUUUAUUCAGGAAGAUUUGGUAUUUAUCUAUCUUUUUAUAUAAUUUAAGUUAAUAGACAUCCUACAGUAUUGUGGUCAGUUCUAAUACAGUUUCGUAGAUUAUAGACUAUACUUUGUUUUAAUCGCCACGAUGUAAAUCAAAGUUCUAGCGCCUAUAAUUUAUUUAUUAUUCAAUUUUGUACCCUCUAAUAGGUGAUAAUUUAGUCCAAAGUAAUAUUUUUGUAUGUCGACUGAAAUAUCGAUUUGUUAUCACGCGGAUUUCUGAUUAGUGUUUAAAUAAAUAGAAAUUUUAGAUACAAA